AUUCGAUAUAAUAAUAAGGAAACUGGCUCUGGCUUUUCCCGGUUUUCGAAUUCUGUAGAUUUUGAAAUUUCAAACGCACAACCCUAAAACGCAUAAGAGAGCUGGAGAAAUCCCAAAUUUCCCCCCUUUUUAACCGAAAUAAACCAGAGCUUCACUCGGGAUUCUAGGGCAUAUUCAUUCUUCUCUAAGGAGUCAUUUUUCCCUAUUCUUUUUCCCCUUUUUGCACAAUUGAGGGUUUAUCUAUCGGUUAGGUUUGGAUUGGUGAUUUUACUGAAAAUGGUGAAGAAAGAGAAGCAUCAAGCAAGCACCAGUAAGGAGCCGUCAUCCAAAGCUACUCAUACUGAUACUCAAGGAAAUCAAAGCACUACAGAGAGACGUGUUUUAAGGUCUCGUUAUCUGGCCGUUAAGAAUCUGAUUAAUGAUGAAAGGGAUGAAAUAACUUGUUUGGAUUCAGAUAAAUUCAAAACAAUCAUCAGUGAAGUUGAAUCCUUGCAUCGACAUGUUGAGAAGCCAAGAGAGCAAGUUGCGGACGCGGAGGCUCUUUUGGACAUCGCAAACACAUUGUUGUUGUCUGUUAAAUCACAGAAUAGUGAGGGUGUAACACCAUCAGAUUUCAUUACCAAGGUGAUAAAAAAGUUUGGAAAGAAAACUUUAGUGAAGGGUGCCAGCGAUUAUGACUCACUGUCAUGGGUGGAGUUUGGACAUGCCGUCUCUCAUAUUUUCAGAGCUGCACCAAGUGCAUGCACCAUGCUUGGGCCAAUGGAUAUUGAACUGAAGCCACGGCGGACAGUGGUUCAGAGGAAGCGUGUAAGACCAACUGAGAGAACUCGACCUGAGGAGUUAGAGGAAGACCCUCAAGGGGAACUGAAAUCAGAUACAGAUAGAAACAUGGUGACCAUGUUUGAUAUUCUGAGGAAGCGAAAGCGUAUUAGACUUGAAAACCUAAUUCUUAAUAGAGCUUCAUUUGCUCAAACAGUGGAGAAUAUAUUUGCUCUCUCCUUUCUAGUUAAAGAUGGACGGGCUGCAAUUUCUAUAGGUGAUGAAGGAUACCAUUUUGUUGCACCACGGAAUGCUCCUGCUGCAAAUGAUGUCGCUACUGGAGAGGUUUCUUAUAACCAUUUUGUAUUCAGAUUUGAUUUCAAGGACUGGAAGAUGAUGAUUGACACUGUUCCUAGUGGGGAGGAGGCAAUGCCUUACCGAAAUGCAGCCAUUCAUUCUGGAAAUACUCAGGUCGAUCCGACUGUUCACUUUGGCAACUCUCAGGGGAAUCCUGCUGUUGCUUCCAUCGACUCUCAAGCUGCUCCAACAACUCCAAUAAGGAAGCUUUCAAGGAAUCGUGGAUUGGUUAUCAAUGAUUCAAAUAUUGAUAGUACACCGGAAAGUGAUGAUUUUGCCGGAAAACAUCAUAAGAGGAAGAGUAGGCGUCACCUUUAGAGUGUAAUUUGUAUAAUUUUAUUUAGCAGCUGUGCCGAAGCUCUGUAUCGGCCUUGAAAUAUUUUAUGCAGUUGGAGCUGGGAAAUAUUGUUAUAGAUCUGUAACUUUCUAAUGUUAUUUUUCACAAAGUUAAAAUCUUUUGAGUAGAUGGUUUUGCAAAUUAUGUUUAGAAAUGCUUGU